ACCAUUAAUUAUGUCACUUCAAUCCCUUAUGAACAGGGAAGGAAGAUUUGUCUUGGUACAGAGUUGGAAGACAAGUUGAAGAAUCUCCUUAAGAGGAUGGAAAAGAUGGGGCUAGGUCCCACCUUCUUGGAAUUCCAGGAUAUAGUACAUGACUAUCUCAUUGCCAAUGAAAUAAGCACUCCAUUCAAAGACAACCGACCUGGACGUGAUUGGGUUAACAGCUUCCUGCUCAGACAUAAUAUGACAUUAAAAAAAGGAGGAUAAAUGCAGUUGGCCCGCAAGAGUGUUACUUCAGAUCCAUUUGUUAUUUAUGGAUUUUACGACAUGCUUGAGAAGGAAAUGGAUCGUCUCAAUAUCAAAGAUCGUCCAGAGUGUUUUUAUAACUUGGAUGAAACAGGGUUCCCAAUGGACCCAUCAAAGUUCAAGACAAUUGGGUCAAAGGGAGAAAAAACAGUGAGGCUCACACAUGGCGCUAACAGAGAGAACAUUACCGUCCUCGCAACAUGCUGUGCAGAUGGUACAUGUCUUGAUCCCCUUGUAGUUUUCAAGGGCAAGAAAAUGCAGUCAACUUGGAUAGGAGAGGAAGCACUCCCAGGCACACAGUACGCUGUUACUGAAUCUGGAUGGAUGACAAGUGCUGUGUUUGAGGACUAUUUUAAGACAUUAGCAAAAAAGACUGCUAACACCCGUCCAUUACUGGUAAUCCUGGAUGGACAUCUAAGCCACACUUCACUGACCACUGUGGAGGUGGCAAUCCAGGAGAAUAUCUCAUUAAUCAAACUACCUCCACAUUGUACCGACUUGCUUCAGCCUUUAGACGUUGCCUGUUUCGCACCAAUGAAAUCAAACUAUGAUGCAAAGCUUACACAAUAUGUGCAGACAACUGGCGCACGAGAACCGCUUAGAAAAUCAGGAUUUGUUAACAUGCUAUGUAGCAUCUGGAGGCAAAGUCUUUCAGAAAAUAACAUAAAAGCUGGCUUCAAGGCAACUGGCUUAAUGCCCAUUGAUAAGACAAAGUAUAACAAUGAGAGGCUAGAUCCUAUCAAAUUGGCAACAUACAACUCAUGGGUAAGCAAAGGGAUGCCAACUAAUGAGAAUAAUGACCCAAUCCUUGAAGAGAUACCCGAGCCAAAUAAUCAAGAAAAAUAUGAUAUAAAUCCAAGUCAUGAUUAAAACAAUCUAUUAAAAAUCAAAUUUUGUAUAAUA